AUGGGGAAGAGGAAAGCUCGACAGCAAUGCCAGCAAAUGAUCAGCAAUUUGAGUAAGAAGCAAAAGAAGCAUCUCAAGGAUUUCGGGGAGGAGCAUCCUUUCUAUGAUCGGGUUUCUACGAAAGAAGAACCAACUCAGAUUUGUGAACUGUCUGACAAUUCUGAGCCAUCUGGCUCAGAAAGCGACGCAGAGAGUGAUUCAGAACAGGUCUCUGUGUAUCAGAAGUUACUGGCCACAUUAAAAGCUGCUCCACAUUCAGACAGUGAGGAAGACGAUGACGACGACGAUGAUGAUGAUGAUGAUGAUGAUGAUGACUCUGAAGAAGGAAAUGUUGAGGAUCCGAUAGAAACUGACACUGAAAAGUUCCAAGAUGAGGGAGAAGAUAGUAAUGGUGAUGUUCCUGAGCAAGAAUCGGGUGCCCUGUUUGACAUGGCGACAAAGAAGAAGCAAAGAAAAACGGAAGACGAAAACGGUGAAUUUAAAGUUGAAUGGACUGAGACUUUUGCGUUUAUUCAAAACUCAAAUGGCCUUCCGACCUGUCUUAUUUGUCAGGAAAAAUUGGCGCAUAACAAGAAAUCAAAUUUGGAGAGACACUUUACAACUAAACAUGUGUCAUUUAGCACUAAAUAUCCUGUCGGUGAUGCAAGGAAGAAAGCAGUUGAGGAACUUCAGAAGAGUCAAGAAAAAUCAAGUUCUGUAUUUAAUUACUGGAUGCAAUCUUCCAACAACGUUAACAUUGCAAGUUUUGUGGUUAGUCAAGAGAUUGCUAAGAGAGGAAAACCAUAUACAGACAGCGAAUACAUAAAAACUUGUUUUAUAAAUGCAUCCGAAGAGCUAUUUCGGGAUUUUAAGAACAAAGCAGAUAUUCUGAAAAAAAUUAAAGAGUUACCAUUGUCUGCUAAAACAGUGAAAGAUAGAACAGUCAAAAUGUCUUCGAAUAUAACCGACCAGCAAGUCAAAGAUAUUAAAUUGGUUUCAGCUUUAUCAAUAGCAGUUGACGAGUCUUGUGACAUAAAUGAUACAGCGCAAGUUUCACUGUUUGUACGAUUUAUUUCAUCUAUAGGUCCUAAAGAAGAACUGUUAGGAUUAUUGCCACUCAAAGGUCAAACACGUGGAGAGGAUAUAGCAAACGCUGUAAUUGAGUGCAUUGAAAAACAUCAUAUUCCACUUGAUAAAAUUGUCUCAAUUUCAACAGACGGGGCAAAAAGUAUGACCGCCGCAAAAAAAGGUUUUGUUGCUAUUUUGAAAGAAAAAAUUAAUCACGAGAUACUUACUUACCAUUGUAUCAUUCAUCAAGAAGCGCUUUGUGCGCAGACAUUUCCAGAAGAAAUUUGCAACGUUAUGGAAUUGGUGAUUAAGAUUAUCAACUCCAUUAUAGCUAAAGCUCUUAAUCAUCGCCAAUUUAAAGAAUUUUUAGUUGAAAUGGAGAGUGAGUAUGAAGAUCUUCUGCUGCAUAACAAGAACCUGGAGUCGAUUCUUGACUUGUGGCUACAGAAUUCGAUUUGGAAAAGCAUACCUAGUCCCAUCCUUUGUUCCACCAGUGACAAUGGCCUCAAUAAUGGGCAGGAAGGCAGAAGUCAGAGUGUUGAAGUAAGGGAGUAUACCUUGGAAGGAGAUGAGAUAAAGAACUCUUUUGACAGGCCUUUAGCUCAUUGA